AUGGAAGAAGAGUAUCAAAAUUCAAAUCAAAUAGAAGAGGAAGAAGAAGAAGAAACAACUGAACAAAUUUUGGAAGAAAUCGCCGAAGGUGAUGAUAUUGAUGAUGAUGAUGAAUUGUUGCAACAAUCAUUACUUCCAACAAAGAAACAUCACGAUAUUUCCAUCCAAUCACUUGACCAAAUUAAACAAAUUAUAUCUUUUAAUCAAUAUGAUUUAAUUGAUGCUAAAGGAGGUUUAGAUUUGGUUAUUGUUAAUGGCGAUCAAUUAGUAGCACACUUUUUAAGAGACUCCUUCGGAAGAAAUGAAUCUAAUGAAAGUCUUUAUAGAUUGGAUUGGUUAAAACAUGGUGGUCAACUUCUUCACCUGACAUACCUUGUUGAAACAUUCGUUAAAAACUUGUUGGAUCGUGAUAUGAGAAUUGAUAUUGUCUUUUUUGAAGAUAUUAGAACAAGUCAAUGUAUCAAAUCAUCAUUCUUGUUGAAUUUGGCUUAUGAAAUUCAUCAAGAUUUAGGAAUUUCUUUCCAAUCAUUAGCUUACAGCUUUUUGGUUGCCAAACAAGCUAUUUCAUCACAAUUGAAGAAAAUUUCCGAGAAUUAUUCCAAGUCAGAUGUUUUUACUGUUACUUUCCUCAACGAUACAUGGUACAAAUCAAGUAAUUGGGAAAAUCUUAUCACAAAGAGAAAACCAUCAUUUAUUAUUUCAACAUUGGCACAAAAUUCGAUCAUUGACGAACUUUUCUGUACAGAGACUGUCCUUGUAAGACAAGUAAUUUUGACCUAUGAUUUAUGUUUUUACGGAAAUACUGUAAUUGGUUUCUGUUCAGCUGUUAGAGAUAACAUGACAAACUCUUACAAAUUGAGAGAAGUUGAAUUGUUUUUGGAAAAAAAUUUCUCUGAAGAAAGGUCAGAAAAUGUAUUCAAAUUGACUUCUCAAAUUGGGCUUGCAGCUGAAAAACAUUUCUCAGAAAUUAAAUCAAAUAUUGAGCAAAUUAUUUCAAAGGAGCUCUCGGAUUCAUCUCUUACCAAAAAGGUUUCUGUGUCAAGUUUAACCCUUUCAGCCAUUGCCUCCAUUGAUUCUCUCUCUGAACAAACAACUCCAAAUGCAUUGGCUCUCUCAAAGAUAUUUAUUCUCACUAAUAUUAUUCAAAACAUUAUUCCACUCAAAGACAGAGCACAACAUAUUGAAGACGUUUCCUUGGAUACAUCAUUAAUCUCAUUCCAAGAAAAAAUUUUGACAUCCCUUUACCACUCUCUCAAGCAAACAAACAUUGAAGAUAAUUUAUAUGAUCUUUUGGACUUUAGAUUGUUUUUGAAGGUUCUGACUAUUUUAUUGAGCUCAGGAGUUGCUCAAAAACUUGAAAAUAAUUCAUCAGAUGAUCACCUUUUAGCAGAACUUUUACCAAAAGAGCUUCAGAAUCUAUUUAAAUCCUUGGUGUCUCUAUUGACAACAUCAAAGUCAACCAAGGAUGCCUCAUGGUGGGAAAAGGUAUUAAAUCCUUUAGUUUCAAAAAGAUCAGAAACUGAGGAUUACAAACCAAGACAUCCUGAGUGUCUUUUAAGAGAGAUUCUACCAUUAAAUCAAGAUGUAAUCAAUGGAUUGGUAUCUGGCGUAAAUAUUACUCUUCCUCACAAAUCUGAAAAGAUAAUUACUGAACAAGCUCCUGUUAAAGAAGAACCUAAACCAGAAAUUGUAGAAGAAGCACAAGAUGGAUUGGAAGAUUGGGAAAAGGAAGACUGGCUUCAGGAAGAACAAGUUGAGGAAGUUGUCGAAGUUAAAGAAGAACAAGAAAUACUCACAGAAGAAGAAGCUAAGGAACUCAGUUUUGAAAGAUGUUUCCCUGUGAGAGAACAAGAAGUCAACUAUUCCCAAAAGAAGGACGUCGAAGAACAAAUUCCAAACGAUUUUUCUGGACCAAAGAGUGAAUGGGAAAAGAUCAAGGUACAAGAAGCUCAAAAGAGAUUGCACAGAUACUCCGAAUCAAUGAGGGCUUUAUCCGAUAAGAAGGUUAUUGAAAAUGCUAAAUCAUCAGGUGUUGUAGCUGAAGAAGUCAAACCUGUCGAACAAACAAAGGGUGGAAAACCAGCUAAACCUAAUAAGAAGGAAGAAAAACAAGCAACUCCAGCUGCAUCAGCAGCUCCUUCAACAAAGGUUAGAUUGAUGAUGAUUGAAUCUAACACAAAGAAACGUGAAAAGGAAAUUAAUGAACUUACUGGAAAAUUGUCUGAAUACCAACAAAAAUUCAGCGAAUAUAACAAUAAGGCCGACGAAUUGAAAGAACACGGAGGAAAGAUUGAACAAUAUGAAUCAUUGACCAAAUUAUUGUUGGAAGGUAUUUUCAAGGAUAUUAGACUUGUACAAAAUAUUCAAGCUACUGAAGGUGGUAGCUCUGCAAAUAAGAAGAGUGCCAGUAGUAGUUCUGAAAGUUUCACAGCUGCUACUUUGUUACUAGAACAAAGAACAACUUGUGAAAAUUUGUGGGUUCAACUUUCUAUCCUCAGGCUUCAAUUUAUGACAAGAAAGUUGUUACUUGAAAGACAAGAUCUUCAAACCUCUUUGAGAAGAACUCAAUCAUCUGCUCCAAAGAAGGGCGUUAAAUUCCUUAGUUUUGACGAAGAGCCAUCCGAAGACUCCAAAGAAAAGAAAGACGAUAAGAAGAAAGGUGCCCUCAAGGAAGCAAACCCUAAUGCAAUUCCACAAAUUGACAACUUGUCUGGAGGUGCUGACUUGGAUUUAUCUUUGUACUGGGAGCCUUUUGAACUUACCAAUAGGAUCUACGAAAUUGUUACACAAUUGAUUAAUGAUUCCUACAUUUCAGAAUUGUCUGUGGCAACAUCAGCAUCCCAAGAAAAGGAUAAAAAACCAACAAAGGCUGCUGCCAAAAAGCCUGCAAAGGGGGACAAGAAGGGUGAAAAAGUUAAACCAAUCUCAAAGAUUGAUCUCAAAGAUGUCAUUCAAACCUUGAUCAAUUUCAUGUGUGAUUUGGGCUUUGUUAAAUUUGCAAGCAGAAUUUCUGAAAAAUUCAAUCAAGGAGAAAUUACUUUUGGUUCUCUUAUCAAGGAUAAUUUGAUGCAACAAUUAGAAGUUGAAUCUCUUCCUGCUGAAACUGUCAAUGUUAAAGAUUCUGUCAACGAUAAGCCUGAAUCAGCUGAAUUCCAACUUCUCUAUAACAAUGCAAUUAUUGAUUCUGCCACAAAUAUUGAAAUUCCUCCAGCUGAAAUUCCAGAGACUGUAACCAUUGACUCUAAGGGAGCCAAGCCAAAGGGACAUCCUAAGAAGGAAAAGCCUUCUCGUACCAGAAAGGAUGAAAAGGCAACAACAGAAGAAGAAUCAACAACAGAUGAACCUUCUACACCUAUUUCUCAAAAUUAUGUUAUACCAACGGCUAAAUCUCUUGGUUUCACACCAGAUCCUUGGCAAGAGAAUAUGAUUUUAUCAAUUUUACAAAAUAAGUCAAUCCUGGUUAGUGCUCCAACCAGUUCUGGUAAGACAUUUAUUGCAUUCUUUGCCAUGGAAAAGGUUUUGAGGGAAUCUGAUGAUUCUAUCAUUGUUUAUUGCUGUCCAACAAAGGCCUUGGUAAAUCAAGCUUAUGCUGAAGUUUAUAGUAGAUUCCAAAAGGUUUACAACAAUACUUCACCUUAUGGUGUUUCCAGUAUGUUGGGAAUGUACACUGCUGACGAAAAGAUUAACGUAACUACAUGUCAAGUACUCGUCACUGUUCCACAAUCUUUAGAACAUUUGAUGACCAGUCCAGAAAAUCUAGAAUGGAAGAGAAGAAUGAAGUACAUCAUCCUCGACGAAAUUCACUGUAUCAACGAAUCAUCAUCCAGUGGUCAAGUUUGGGAACAUGUUUUGAGUCUUCUUGAAUGUCCAUUUAUUGCCCUCAGUGCCUCUAUUGGUAAUCCAAAGGAAUUCGCAGAUUGGUUGAAUGAAAAUUACAACAAGGAAAUUGUAAGCCACAUCACUUACUUGAACGAUCAACAACAAGGUGUAGACUUGGUUGUUCACGACGAAAGACCUCGUCCAUUAGAAUUCUAUAACUAUGAUAGUUCUGCAGAUAGAUUCACCGAAAUCCAUCCAAUGGCCACACUUAAUCCAAAUUCUAUUGAUACUGUUUCUUUCUCAUUGAUUCAAAACUUCUCUCCUCUCCAAUGUCUUACUCUUUUCAAGGUUGCUACAGCAAUCAAAACCUCAUUCAAGGAGCAAGGAAAGCCAAUCUCUACUGCUAUUGAAAAAUUCUUGGCUACUUUCAAUCCAGAUUCAUACUUUAAUAACUUUGGACUUUUCAAGAGACAACAAUUCUCUAGUUAUGGCAAGACUAUGAAGGAAGAAUUAAUCAAACUCUCAACUGAAACUGAGAAUCAUGAAUUCUUGUUAGGUAUUAUUAGAACCUUGUUGAAGGAUGUUAGUUUAAGUUUUGACAACAUGGAAGGAGAUUACAAGUCUCAACAAUCAAUUUCAGACAAUGUUUCUGAAUCGGAUGCUGCUUCUACUACAUCUAGUAAGGUUAUUUCUAGACACAAGUUCGGUUCAGAUGGUUGGUUGAAGGACAAUAUUAUUCAAUUGGUUACUAGAUUGGCAGAAGAAAAGCUAACUCCUUCAAUCUUCUUUAGCUUUGAUAGAACUAUGUGUGAUUAUUUACUCAAAAAGAUUUCCACCCAUCUCCGUACAGCCCGUGCCAAUUCACAACUUGGUAACUAUUUCCAUCUCUAUUCAUCUAGCUUGGAAAAGGUUAGAUCUGAAAAGGAAAUUCGUUACAGUUUACAAAGUAUUGAACAAUUCGGAACUAAAAUUCCAAUCGAACUUAAGGAAGGUUUAGAAGUUGGUGUUGCUGUCCAUCACCACAGUUGCCCAAGUGAAUAUCUCACUGAAGUUGAAAGACUUUUCAGAUUGAGAUGUUUACCUGUUGUCAUUUCUACUUCUACUUUAGCUCUUGGUAUUCACAUGCCUUGUAAGACUGUAGUCAUGGUUGGUCACUCAAUUUACUUGACCACGACAAUGUUCCAACAAUGUGCUGGUCGUUCUGGUCGUAGAGGUUACGAUGUCAAGGGUAGAGUUGUUCUCUAUGGUAUUCCUCAAGUUACAGCCAACAGAUUGCUCUCUGGUGUUACUCCAAAGAUCAAGGGUGCUAUGGGUUUAAGAGCUAAUUUCUUGUUAAAGAUGCUUACUCUCCUCAAUAGGGCUAAAUCCGAUGACACCAAAUAUCAAAUUGUAGCUGACGAUCUUUCUCGUUUGGUAAACAAGAAGAUUUUCUAUCUUGGACAAAUUUUGGAAAAUUCUGAACUCCAAAACAAAUUGUGCUUUAGAUUUAUUUUAGACUUUUUGAGAAGAAACAAUUACAUUCAAGAAGAUGGUACUUUGGGAGAGUUCUCCUUGCUCGCCAAUAGUCUUUUCUAUUAUGAACCAGCUAAUUUCUUAUUCAUUCAUUUGUUAAAGACUGGCGCCAUCAACACUUAUUUGCAAAAGUGGAAAGAUGUUUUGGACGAAUCAUCAAUGAGACCUGAAGAAAAGGUUGAAUUAUUAGGUGAAAAAUUAUUAAUCUUGUUGAACUUGCUUUUCGAAGCCAGAAAAUUAUCUCAUUGGGAUCUUUCUCCAUACAAAUUGGAAAAUUAUUAUUCCAAUGACACUUUGGAAAUUAUUACCAGUGGUAAGGCUGCUCUUAAUAGCAAGACAGAUAUUUCCUCAGAAAAUGUCUUAUCUCAAUUGAAUGACUACAAUAGAAUUGUUCUCAAGGAAUUUGCAACAUUUGUAGUAUCUUAUUGCAAGAAUUAUCAAAAGGAAACUGUUGAUAAUGUUCUUCCAUUAUCUAAUAUUGCCUUCCCUCAUGAAGAAAGCUAUCUCGAACAACUUUAUCAAGAAUCCAGUCUCUGCAAGUCUCUCAAUGAAAGUAAGCUCAAGUAUUAUGGUACUAGCAGCUUUGUUGCUAUCAGUGGUAAUGAUGACAUGUUUACUAGUGUUUCUCAAUUACUCAAUUGCCGUAAUCAGAAUGUAAUUUUGGAUGUAUCAUUGUUGCCAUAUCUUGACCUUGUAGAAAAGAUUUCUCAAAAGGCUAGUUUGUCCCUCAGCUCAUAUGCUGUUGAAUUCUUGAGAAAUGGUCAAAAGAGACAAGUAUCAACUGAUUGCGACUUCCCUUCACUUUCUCUUUGCUUCAAUUCUCUUAAGAAUGUUGAUAGAGUUUUAGGUCAAGCUCUUUACAAUAUCCAUUUGUUCAUGAAUAUUAAGAAUGGUGCAAACAAUGAUUUAUUCCUCUCUACUCUUACCAAAUUACGUACCAGAUUCCAUGACCGUGUCACUGGAGGUAAGAAGACAAGAAAAAAGCUCAAGAUGUUGAAGACUAUCAAUGUAGAAAUGGACGAUUUGGAAAUGGUAAACUCCAAAGGAAAAUUGAAAAAUGUAUCCAAAUCUACAAAGAAAGACUCAGUAACCAAAGAUCCAUCACUGUAAAUGCUGGUUCAAUAAUAAAUUUACAUUUAUUUUGUUUC